AUGGAUAAAAUUGAAUUGACGCAGGAGCAGAAGGAUUGUGUAGAAUAUCCGCUUACUGAACAGAUUUUAAUAAUUGAUGCUGACCCAGGCACCGGCAAAACCGAGAUUUUAAGACAUCGAGUUAAGUUUAUCCAUCACCAAAACGAAAAAAGGAGAAAAUUUAUUCUAGUCGUGGCGGUCGGAAAGAAUAUUAGCCUAUCCAUAAAAAGAAAAUUAAAAGAAGAAGGAUUAAAAAAAAUCUUUCAUACUUUAAGAACAGUUAUUCCUGAAUUCUCGCAUCCGAUUCCCCAGUGUGAGGAUAUUGAUUGCCCGAAUAUUACCGGAUAUGAGGAAUUUUUAAUUCGGAUUAAAGAUUUUUAUCCGGAAAGCGAGUUAGGUUUUUACCCCGAAUUAGUAGCCAUUUGCCAAGAAAAUCAAGCCAAAAAUGUUUGGUUAAGUUUUGAGGACAUGAUUGAAAAUGUUCUUCUUUUUCACAACCGCUUUGACACCCCUGAUUUAAAGAGGAAUUUAUUAAAUUUCAUUACGGAAAUACUUAGCCGACCCACUACUAAUUUUACUUUCGUGGGUGACCCUAAACAAAAUAUUAUGGCUUUUGCCGGUGCUACCGAUGACAUUUUUCAAUUACUAAAAGACAAGUUUCCUAAUUGUGUGCAAAAAGAAAUAUCAAUCAGUUUCCGAGUUCCCCAAGAAAUCGCGGACGUAGCGAAUGAUUUCACCCGGAAAUUUAUGACGAGACGCAAGCCAAAAUUAGCCACUAAUAAAACUAAUGGUGGCAAAAAGCCGGUGGUUUUUUUGGCUAGCUCGGAGCAAGAUUAUCAAUUAACUGAGGAAGAAGAAAAAAGACUUUUGGACGAAGAAAGAGCAGAAACAGGCCUGACAGAAGAGGAAGUUUAUGAAUUUACUCGGCAGAUUGAUAAGCAAUUAAUAGAAAGAAAUAUUGAAAACGCUGGUAAAACCAGACUUUCUUCCAUUCACAAAGCCAAAGGUUUAGAAUUUGAUUAUGUUUUUUUAAUUGCAAAUCCAACUCAUCAACAUUCAAAUCCAACUCCUUCAAUAGCCGAAAUAAUAGGCGAUGAAGGCGAAAAAAAAGCAUUCAAACUUUUGGCUAAUAACAAAAAAAUCAACGAAGCCUUUUAUUAUUCACCCACCGAAAAUUUUCACCAUCAGCAAGGAAUUUGGAAGCAGCAAAUUAUUCAUCAAGAAAAAAUUGCGGAGGAUUUUAACUCGGCCAAACCAAUCGUUUAUCUAGUCAGUUUUCCCACCGGCGAGUUAGCCCAUGAUUUUCAGGUUUUUCUUAACCAGAAAGAAAAUGUUGAAUUACUAGUAGUUCACCAUGAUAAGGUUCAUACUAAAACUUGGAAAUUGGUAGAGUCCAGGCAGCCUUUGUCCUCGCUAGUAAAAAAAUAUGAAAAAAAAACUGCUAUUAACGAAAAUUUGAUAGAAAAAGAAUUAAAAAAUCUCCGGACUAUCCGAGAAAUAAUUCAAGCCGCUGCUACAGUGGGCGUGAAAUGUAUUUUAAAUGUGGGUUACGACAAGUCCAGCAAUCAAAAAAUAAUAGAACAGUUAAAAGAGUUUGCUAACUUGUAUGGAGCCUUGGGUUUGCACCCGAACAGCAAUGAGGACUUGACAGAAGAAAAUUUAAAGUUAGCCAAAAAAUACAAUUUACCUGUGUUAUUACACAUCCGCGAGGCUUUUGCUGACGCUUACGAAAUGGUGAAAGAAAGUGGAAUAAAAAAAGGCAUACUUCAUUGUUUUACUGGCAAUUGGGAAAUAGCCGAAAAGUUCAUUAAUUUAGGUUUUUAUGUUUCUUUUGCGGGCAACAUUACUUAUAAAACUGCUAAAUGGCAAACGAGAUGGGGUGAAGUAAUAGAAAAAAUUCCUCUGGAAAGAAUAGUCGUAGAAACCGAUGCUCCUUAUUUAACACCUGAACCCUUUCGGGGACAAAUUAACUACCCGCAACAUAUAAUUCAUACUUUAACCAAAAUUGCUGAAAUCAAAAAAAUGGACAUAAAAGUGGUGGCAGAGAAAAUUUACUUGAAUACUUUAAGGGUGUUAGGAAUAAAUCUGCCAAAGUAA